GACGAUCGGCGUUGUAGAAUACAUCAUGGCGUACACCAACUUCCAGGUCAAAAAAUCAGCUGAGCUUAUCAAAUAUUUUGGCCCGAAAGGUUGAAGAUCGAGAAACAAAAAAAUCACAGCCUUUACUUCGAUUUCAACCAAUUGAAAAAUUUGUUACAGUUGCUUCUACUGUUUCUAUUCUUCCAAUUGAAUCAAGAAUAGAGAGUGCAAAAUUGACAUAAUCGAGUCUAAAUUUUACUGCGCUCGAAAACCAGCAUUUCAUAAUGAGAUGAAAAUGGGAGCAAUCAUCCUAUCAGAAGAAUCGCGUUUUUUUAAGUAGUGCCAAAAAGAUGAGUUGGUUAGAACACCAAAUAGUGAUAACGAUUGCGAUAUGCAAGUCACGUUACUAUACAUAUGCUAAACAGUCAGUACUAAGUAAACCACCGUCCAGCUGAGACCUGUUCCUGUCAACAUGGAGCGCUGGCAAGGAAAAGUGGCGAUCGUGACUGGAGCUAGUUCUGGAAUGGGAACCGCAAUAGCGAAAGCAUUAGCUACGGCAGGACUGGUUACGGUAGGGCUAGCAAGACGAGUUGAUCGUGUGAAGGCUUUGAAGGCCGAGCUUCCGGCGGAAGUAGCUUCCAAGUUGCAUACAUUCCAGUGUGAUAUCUCCAAAGAGGAAGAUAUACUGGCAGCUUUUAAGUAUGUUGAAGAUAAUUUCGGUGGGGUUGACGUGUUGGUGAAUAAUGCUGGAACAUACGAAAACAUCGAUUUACUGAUACCGGGGAAUACUGAGUUCUUAAGACAAUCGUUGGAUGUUAAUGUUUUGGGUCUAGCACUGUGCAGCAGGGAAGCGACUCUGUCGAUGAAGAAGCGAUCAGUAGCUGGACAUAUUUUGCACAUCAAUAGUAUUGAAGGUCACCACGUACCAUACUAUCCCGGUGCAAAUCUAUACCCGGCCAGUAAGUAUGCCGUUACGGCGAUCACCGAAACCAUGAGACAUGAACUUAGAGCGGCGGGAAUCAAGAUCAAGGUCACGAGCAUCAGUCCCGGUUUAACCCGCACACCAAUGGUGGAACUUUGUGAGACUUAUGCCAACGUGAAAAUGGAGGAAAUGCCAAUGCUGCAACCGGAAGACAUAGCGGGUGCUGUAAUUUAUGCACUUAGUACUCCACCACAUGUUCAGAUUCAUGAGGUCACGAUCAAACCGCUGGGAGAACCGGUUUGAACUGAUAGUGGAUUGAUGCUUUGACUCUGGUUGAACAAUCAUAAUUAAGCUGGUUGAAAAACUUGUGAAUCUCUCUGUAGUUUGGAUGUCGAACGUUCUGCCGGUUAUGCGUUACUAUUAAACCUAAAGCCAAUUUUUUGUUUAUAAUAAAUUUUCCAUCACACCGUUUAAGAACCUAUUGAAUCAAUGAAAAAACGAGAAAAGAAACAGAAAAAACAUCAGAAGAGUUUUUGCCGAUUCAAGAAUAUACAAUCUUUGAAAACAAUGUCCACUUCUCGCAUCAGAAAUAAAGUGAA